ACCAUUUUGAAAACCCAGAAGGCAACUGUCGACGUCACCACUGAAUGACCCCCUACCACAUCCUCCACGCGCUGCUGCUGCUGCUAAGAUGUCUUGGAUGUGUUUGAAUGGCAGAACGAAAGCAAAACAAUGUGAACAUACCGGAGAUAUCCAGCUGCUGACAUUUUAUCUACUUGUGUGUGUGACAUCCGCGGUGUGUCAGAGUCAAAGGGACGCUGUUGUAUAGAGGAAUUUACGUCAAGCCUGAUUUUCUCUCCCCAACAGCAUCACCAGUUCACUGCACUCCUGAGGAGCUCGCUGCUCUCCUGAGGCAUUUCCUCCUCUCCGCUCGCUCUCCAUCUCUGCUCCCAGGUAUCCUGUGGGCAUUACUCAGCACGCUCUGAGCUUCAGGACAGACAGACUGACUCAGGCGCUUCACACACCAUCUACAAUUAGAGCCUCUGUAGGAAAAGAUCAGCAUCUGCCAGCCAGUGAAGAAGCCAUGCUUAUCUGGUUCCCUCAUGGCCGGGCCACUAUGACCAUCACCCUUCUUCAGUCCCAGCUUAUGUUUGUUCUGGCCCUGACUGUGCUUCUUUGCCCCUUGGGCCGAGUAGCAUGUCAGGGGGAAGCUCAGAGACAGUCCCCUGCCCAGGUGCUACAGGACCUGCUGUCCCGCUAUGGAGACAACAGCACCAUCACAGUGCCCCAGCUGCGCUCUCUGCUGGGCCUCCUCAGCCAGAGUCAAGGGGAAGGGGACAGCGACAGCAGCAAUGUGGCGGAGACACCGCCAACAAAACCACCUCCCAAAUCUAACCGCUCCAAGUGCUUGCCUGCAGACACGCUGGCAAUUUACAGCAUCAGCGAGCAGUCACGACUGGACGGGCAGGGCUUACGGGAGCUGUGCCCCACCAUGCUGCAGCAGCUGGAUGCUGGCACCUGUAAGGCGCAAAAAGAGGAAGAGUCAAGCAUUGACCCCUCCCCCAGGCCUUCAGAUGCUGAAGUGUGGGGCUUUGCUUUCCUGAGCGUGACAGUGAUCAGUGCCUUCUCCCUCACCGGAGUCUUCAUCAUUCCCUUUAUGAAGACACGCUAUAUGAAAUACUUACUCAUCUUUUUCAUCGCUCUUGCCAUUGGCACGCUGUACUCCACUGCCAUCCUGCAGCUCCUGCCAGAGGCCUUUGGUUUUGACCCCAUGGUGGAUUUCUACGUCUCCAAAUCUGCGGUGGUGUUUGCAGGGUUUUACCUCUUCUUCUUCACUGAAAAGGUCCUCAGAGUGCUUCUCAAACAGAAAAACGGGGGCCACGGCCACAGUCAUUACCCCGGUACAGAUGUGGAGGAGGGUGAGAAGGAGAAGCUACAGCAGAACGGAGAAGCCAGCAGCCUGGCUCUGGGCAAGGUGGACGCGGGGGAGGGCGAGCUCAUGCUCAGUUCUGCACAGACGCCACAGGAGUCCCAGAGCCCAGACAGCGGGGGCCGGUCCGGCACCAGACGCGGCGGCUGCUAUUGGCUGAAGGGGACGGCCUACUCUGACAUUGGCACGCUGGCCUGGAUGAUCACAUUGAGUGAUGGCCUGCACAACUUUAUCGACGGCUUGGCCAUCGGCGCCUCCUUCACUGCCUCGGUUUUCCAGGGUGUCAGCACCUCCGUGGCCAUCCUGUGUGAGGAGUUCCCCCACGAGCUCGGAGACUUUGUCAUCCUGCUGAACGCUGGCAUGAGCAUACAGCAGGCUCUGUUCUUUAACUUCCUGUCAGCGUGUUGCUGUUACCUGGGCAUGGGCUUUGGCAUCCUGGCUGGCAACAGCUUCUCCCCCAACUGGAUCUUUGCCCUGGCAGGGGGAAUGUUCCUCUACAUCGCUCUGGCAGACAUGUUUCCAGAGAUGAAUGAGGUGAGUCGUGAGGAAGAGGACGCAGGUGGCAGCAGCUUCCUCCUCACCUUUGCUAUCCAGAACGCCGGCCUGCUGACGGGCUUUGCCAUCAUGCUCCUCCUCACCAUGUACUCUGGACAGAUACAGCUGGGCUAGCGCUGGACUCCUGGAACCAACAUCAGCUCUGACCAGUGAAAUGAAACUGAGCUGGUUUGUGAUGGUGUAAACUGCAAGCCCAAAGUGGAGGGAACUUUUUUCUCUCUUUAUCUUUCUCCCAUUCUAUUUUUAGGACCCUUGGGGUUUCUGUAGUUUGGCUGCUGUGCGGCAGGUACGCACACCUCCUUUUCCCCAAAAAAAUAGUACCUGUUUAUUUAGAAUUCCUACAUCCAAUAGAUCCCAGACAAAAGGGGGUGAAGGCCUUCUUUUUCAUGUUUUAGCCACCUUUUUCCUGACAGCUGCUCCCACUUAACAGUCUAGAAAUAUCAGCUGAAGUUGUGGUCAGCCUGCAGAGACGAGACUUCCGAACUGACGUGCAAUACUCAAACUUUUGUCUAUUUCCCAAACUACUGAUCAGCCAUUUUGGCUCCUGCUCUUCUUUUUUCUCCCUAUCGUCCUUCCAUCAGUGGAUGUCAUUUUGAGCCUCAAUUGUUGGGAUUCAAUAUAUGCAGAGUAUUUAGAUCAGUAAUCACCUGUGCUCACAACCAGGUAAUUGCAGCUGUAUUAUUGACAUCCUUUAUCCUUCUGUUACAGACUUUAACCCCCGUCCUCUUCCCUUUUUUCAUUACAUACCAAAAACAAAUCAUUGCGGACCUGAGCUGGAAUUUUAAUCAAGUGUCAACAUCAAACUGACUUCCAGCUGUACUUUGUUGUUUGUUUAUUGAUGUCAUAUUUUUUAUAUACAUGAUAAACAUAAAAUCGGACUUUGAAGACCAAAAAAUGGGCAGACCAUUGAAAAUGGUAAAGGGCUACACAGUGACGUGUGGAAGGGAACUUUUUAUUUCUCCUCAGUACGAACUUGUAUACAUCCUUGGCAUGCAGUUAGAAAUCUUAAAUGAAGCCUGGGUCAGAUAUGUAAAGCAAAAGAAGGUCAAGAGUUGGAUAUAAGUGGCUUCAGAUCAGCUUUUUUCCAUAUAGUUUGCCAUCUGUGCUCUUCAUUAAGAUAGCAUUGAAUAGUUUUUAUUCCUUGCAUUCUUGAACUCUAAGUGCAAAUCUCUGGCCUUCACACAUCCCACAGACUAUUUUUCCCAGAAUGAUCUAUUCUUUUAUUGUACAAUAAUAGUUUGAACAGAAUACUGUAAGCUCUAUUACAUAUACAUGCACAUCUCGCCUACUUUUCUGUGACCUAAUCCAUAUUAAAUUACAUAAUAAUGAGAGGUUAUAAAUAAAGUUAUAAACUCUAGUUAGGUUGUUAUAACAAACACUCUGUUUCGCUGAGUUACACUGUGGCCAAAAGUAUGUGGAACUGCUUAUUUGUACGCACUUUUGGUACGAGUAGUUUUUUAUGGUUUGCGAUAGCCCUAGUUUGGGACUCUCGAAUAAGUCACAGAGCUACUGUAAACAUCCAUUUUUCUGAAAAAAAUAAAUACCUGGUGAUUUUUGAAAGACCCACAAUAUAAUUAAAUAACAUUAAUUGCAGUUCUGAAGGUACUCAUUGAAUCCUUAAAGACUACGUGAAAAAAUAUUCUGUCUGCUGCAAGAUUAAAAAAUAAAAAAAAUUGUUUGCCAAGUUGCAGCACAAGCUCGGGCUGAGUUUGGGUUACACUUCUUAGUUCAAAUAAUGAGGAGUCAUCAGAGCUGCAACUAUUAGUCAAUAAACAACAAAUAAUUGCUUAGGAUAAAGCAGCCAUUUACACCAUAGUGACAUCAUUCAUUGUGUUGUUAAGACUACAAAGUACUUGGUGGACAAUAUUUAAUGUGUCGUACUGUUGUAUUCAGAGUCCAGAAGUGCACCAGUUUUUCCUCUGUUCCAAAUUCAAUAUCGAGUAAGUGAUCAAAUCUUAAAACAAACAUACUUUUCUGUAGAUUUGAUAUUAGCAUAGAAUAGAGUUGUAGAUUAUUAUUGGAUAGAAACUUGAAGCUGUGAUUUUCUGUCACAUUGUCUAGACCUUUAGGUAAGGUCUACACAAUUUAGAUUUUCCGUUAUUCCUGGAUGGAGAAGGCAUAAAUGGGGGACCAUGAAGUACAGUAUUACUGCUGCUCGAUAUGUAAUAUGUAAGGGGCAUUUUGUGUUGUUGUUUGAGCCAUAUAUUUAUUUUAUGCUUUACAUCAAAUAUGAAGUAAACAGUUUUGGGUUUACACCACAAGCCAUGAAAGCAGACAAAAAAAUGAUCCGUCUUUUUGUUUGUUGUUUAUCUUAGUUUUAGUAUUUUAGUUUAAAGAAAUGGGACAGUUCAUUGCUUUACAAAUGUUAACUAUAUGUUAAAAACUAAAUCAGAGCAUCUGCGCACAUAGACACAAACGUUUUCUUGUCAGUUAAGAUAAUCGAAACCUCUUAAUUUCGAGGUCAGACACAAACUGAUUUUCCAUCAGAUUAUGAAUUCAGGCGCACAGAUAAUAAAUCAGAAGUUUCUCUUUUUCAGCGUCAAAUACACCAACGUUUCACUUGAGAUUUUGAUAAUUCAUUGAUGGACUUUCAGACUGUUUUUGAAGAAAAUAUUGUACCUAAUGUAAUCUAUUGGAAUCCUCAUCAGCCUUCUCUGUGUGUCAUGGUAAUCUUCUUUUAUAAACAUCUUUUUCCAAGAAA